AUGUCUGUACACAACGGUGCCAAGAGGCUCUCGAGGUGGCCCGUAAGGAAGAAACAGUUUCCGACAUUGGACCUCCUCGGCUCAACUAACUCAGUCUGCAGAUCUGUGCCACAGGAGCAACAUCAUGGUUUGAAUAAUGACCUCCCAGAUACAACAUACUCGGCACCCUCAUGUCCCUCAUCUGGAGAUCUUGGUUCCGCUCUAAAUGAUCCCUUUCUUCUGGGCAUGGGCUUUGAAGACUCAAAAAUCAGCCCAUCGUCCAGAAUUUCUCAGGCAAUUGAUCUUUAUUUUCAAUACUGCCACCGUCAGCCAAUCUGGUGUUUUGAUCGCGAAGAAGUCAAGGAGACAAGCUACAUUUCAGAAGAACUUGUUUGCAGCAUUCUGACCCUGACAUCGCGCUUCUCGCAAGAACGAGAUGAGUUGCAACAUUAUGGCGACAGCGCUCGAACCUUGGUUAUGCUUCGCAUUGCAAAUGGCACCGUGGAACUUGAAACUAUCGAAAGUCUUUGCUUGCUUUCUUUCUCCUCUUUUCUAGAUGGAAACGGGCACCUAGGGCGAUUUCACCUGGGGCUCGCCCUUCAACUUUGUCGUUCCGCAAUGCUUGACCUCGAUUCCACGUACGGCAUCGAAUGCCCUUCUGCUGAGCGAAAAAAGAGGCUUUUCUGGAGUUUGCAGUCACUUGAACAAUCAUAUGGUCAAAUUAAUGGCAUUCUAAGUGUUCCUGCUGAAGUUUUGCGGUCUUUCUAUAUUUCAACAGGCGACGAUCAAAGACUUGAACCAAGGCCCCCACCCCUACCCAGUGAUGAGAUAGGGUGUUCCAAUUCAGAAGAUCUUGGAAUCUGGAAUUUGGCACUUCAUUUUGGAUGGGUGUGGAGUAAAGUAAGAACGUACGUUUUUGACUGCGCUCAGAGCCGAUUGAAGGAGCCCUGGAGGCACGACUCGAUGUAUGCGAUGGUGCUCUCUGACCUCACAGAACUUGAAAAUAAACUUUCCCUCUGUCAUCGAUAUGACUCUGUCAAAUUUUAUGAGCGCAGAGGUGAUGAGCUAAGAGUCAACCGUGAUUACUGGGCUCCUUGGCUCAAGUUACAGUUUACCUAUCAUUCAAUUCUGACUGUUCUUAACCACCCCUUUCUCUACAUCUUGGCCUCUCAGUAUAACCAUAACUUGACGAUUCCCAACACGUUCUGGAGAAGGUCAUCUGAAUUGGUUCUUUUGCAUGCGACUUGGAUUGUUCGAAUGAUUGACAUGGUAACGGACAAAAAGUUAAGAUUGAUUGACCCUUUCUUUGGGCACGCCGCUGCCAUUGCUGCGACCGUACACCUCUAUUAUUGCUGUGCUACCGACCCACGGUUAAAGUUCAAAUCAAAAACGGACUUCGCAAAAUGCAGACGGUUCCUGAAAAGCUUCGUGCCAUUUUCUCCAGCUUGUGAAGCUCUGGACCAAACGCUUGAUAAGAUGACACGAAUUGCGUCCGGCUCCGAGAAAGUGGAUUUUGACUGGGAGCCGUCUAAGAUUCAUCUCAGCAUUCCUCUAAUGUGGGAUAUUUUACAGGUCAACUGUACACCAGCCAUUCAUGAAACACCGAGUGCUGGCCUACUACACUCUUCACUUACCCCCGCGGUAUUCCCAGAUGACGUGGAAAAUCCAACAUCUACUCUGGAGAUUAUUGUUGCAAUGUCUCCAGAGAUCACUGUCAACACCGCUGACGGAGGAUCGGCUGCUCAUAUGCCACCGAAUCUACCCCGUAUGAACUCCGCGCCCCCAUCACCAACAAGCACUACAAUGGGAGACAAACUCGUGGCACCCGCCGACAGUCUCAUGGCCAAUACCCCCUGGCUAUGGACCGACCCGUCUCAAUUUGUUGAUAUGGAUAAUCUUGGCUAUCCCGAGUCGGAAUCAACUUUGGGUAAUAUUGAAGGGUUUUCCACCUGGUGGGAUUUUGGAAACUUAUAA